AUGUAAAAAAAAUAUUUACCUGAAAUUCAAUAGUCUCAAUCAGCCCAUCAUUUUGAAACUAAAAUUAAAUCUAAAAUACAAUCCCCAAGAUCUUCGAUCGAAUGGGAUUAAUUAAUUAAUACUUCCAUACCGAAUUCAAUCAAAUAAUAAUUAAAUCCUAAAGGUUAAACAGUUAUCAAUUUAUCUAAAUUGGGACCUUGCUCUGAUAUAUCAUAUCUUAGAUCUACUAAAAGAAACUUUGCUAAACUUGGAACUAGCAUUUAUAAGGAUCCUGAAAUCUAAUAAACUGUAUAUUGUAUUGCUUAAUAAAUUAGAUAUAUGAUAGGAAUAUGUAAUCAUUUUAUAGCACUCUUUAUCGUAAAACUAAUAAUCGAAUUCCUUUUAAUACUAAUUUGGAAAAAGAAAGAUUUCAAGGUCAUUUAUUAGAUUUUACAGAACUCUUUCAAGAUAAUAAUAGAGCAACAAAUCUAUAAAAAUAUUUUGGGGAAAUUUUAAAAUUAGAAAUGUAAUAAUCAAUUCAAGAAAAAGAAAUGAUUCCACCAAAUAGAUAAUAAGCAAUUGAUUUGAGAGAUUGGUUAUUUAUGAUGAUUGCAUAUACAAAAUAAGAAAGUUCAAAUAUGAAUACUAGAGAAUUGGCAGAAAGAAUAUAACUUAUUUAUGCUUCUUGUCUUAAAGAAUUAAUAAAGUAUAUAAUAAUAAUUAAAUAGAUAAGUGAGUAUUGAAUGCACAGAAAGAGGAGAUCUAUUUCAAACUAUUUGGGAUUUUUAUAUUGAAUUAAUUGGACAAAUUAUUAAAUGUUAUUCAGAAUAAUAGAGAGAAUCAGAAUAAUCAUAUUUAGAAUAAAUGUAAAGAAUAUAAAAUUUUCAUGAUUCUCAAAUGGAAUUAGCAAAAAUAAGAUAUUAAGAUUAUUAAAAUUAAAUACUUAAAAUUAAAAAUGAAACUUCUGACUCUAUUGAUGAAUUAAAUAUGACCAAAGCUAAAUUACUAUUAUUGACAUCAGAUAUGAGAUAAUUAAUAGAAACUAAUGAAAUAUAAAAAAAUGAAAUUGAUUCUUUACUUUUAUAGAUUAUGCUUUUAAAAACUUAAGACAAUAAUGAAAAUAAAAAGUUUGAAGAUUAAAAAAUUGAUGUACAAUUAGCCAAAGGAAAAAGUAUUGUCUCUCAUUUGUUAAAUUUUAAAACCACUACUGCUGAAUACAAAUUCAAUAAAAAUAAAGUUAAAAAUACUAAUUUUGAAAAAUUUGAAUAGUUAAGAGAAUAAGAACAAAAACUCAAAAUAGACUUAAUAGAUUAAUAAAUUUUAGAACCUGAUAUUGAAUAUAUAGAUUAAGAGAUAUAAGUUUAAUUAGAUCUAAAAUCAAAAGAAGUUUAAACAGAUUUAGAUUCACAUUAAUUAAAUGAUUAGUUUUAAUAAUUAGAACAAUUAUAAACUUAAAUUUUAUAAUUAUAGUAAUAAGAAUAAAAUAAAGAUUAAUAAAUUAUUAAUCAAUAAAUUGCAUUAUAGUAAUAAAAUUAUCAAUCGAUAUAAGAGCAAUUAAUUUUAGAAUAAAGAUUAAAAGAAGCUAUUUCACUUAUUCAAGAAUCAGAAUUGGACUGUAAAGAAUCUAUUUGUGAAACAAUUAAUUUAUCAAUUUAACAAUCACAAUAACUUUCAUAAAAAUUAAUUAGAUUAGAAAAAGAAGAAACCUAAUAAAAGAUUGAUUUAAUGGAAAAAGAAGAUACAAACUAAGAAUUAGAAUCUAAACUAACUUUAGCAGUUUAAGAUUUUAUCGAAAUAAUUAAAAAAAAGAAAUAUUAAAUUAAAAAAUUGAUGAAAUAAAAAAGUAAUUUAUAAGAUACAUUAAAACAAAUAUCUACAACUUAUAAUAUAGAAAUUAAUUAACCAGAAAUUUUGGAAGAUGAAAAAGAGUCAUCUUAAUUUAAAAGUAUUGAUUAAUUAUCAGAUAUGAAUAAGGAAUUUGAAUAAAGUAAACAUGAAUAAUAAGAAGAAGAAUAUAUUGAUGAAUAAGAUGAAUUAGAUUAUUAAUUAACAGAAAGAAGUAGAGUCAAAAAUUAAGAAGAUGGAUCAAAAGCUAAGUAAUAGCUUAAAAAAAUUAUAUAAGUUAAUGAAAAAAAUGAAUCAUAAUAUUUAUAAUCAGAAGAUGAAAAAUAAUUUAAUUAACUUGAAGAAAAUUUUGAAAGAAAUUUUUCUGAACAAGCAAUAAAUUCAGAACGAACAAAAAAUUCAUCAAGUUUUAAUUAAUUUGCAGAAAAUNUUGAUGUACAAUUAGCCAAAGGAAAAAGUAUUGUCUCUCAUUUGUUAAAUUUUAAAACCACUACUGCUGAAUACAAAUUCAAUAAAAAUAAAGUUAAAAAUACUAAUUUUGAAAAAUUUGAAUAGUUAAGAGAAUAAGAACAAAAACUCAAAAUAGACUUAAUAGAUUAAUAAAUUUUAGAACCUGAUAUUGAAUAUAUAGAUUAAGAGAUAUAAGUUUAAUUAGAUCUAAAAUCAAAAGAAGUUUAAACAGAUUUAGAUUCACAUUAAUUAAAUGAUUAGUUUUAAUAAUUAGAACAAUUAUAAACUUAAAUUUUAUAAUUAUAGUAAUAAGAAUAAAAUAAAGAUUAAUAAAUUAUUAAUCAAUAAAUUGCAUUAUAGUAAUAAAAUUAUCAAUCGAUAUAAGAGCAAUUAAUUUUAGAAUAAAGAUUAAAAGAAGCUAUUUCACUUAUUCAAGAAUCAGAAUUGGACUGUAAAGAAUCUAUUUGUGAAACAAUUAAUUUAUCAAUUUAACAAUCACAAUAACUUUCAUAAAAAUUAAUUAGAUUAGAAAAAGAAGAAACCUAAUAAAAGAUUGAUUUAAUGGAAAAAGAAGAUACAAACUAAGAAUUAGAAUCUAAACUAACUUUAGCAGUUUAAGAUUUUAUCGAAAUAAUUAAAAAAAAGAAAUAUUAAAUUAAAAAAUUGAUGAAAUAAAAAAGUAAUUUAUAAGAUACAUUAAAACAAAUAUCUACAACUUAUAAUAUAGAAAUUAAUUAACCAGAAAUUUUGGAAGAUGAAAAAGAGUCAUCUUAAUUUAAAAGUAUUGAUUAAUUAUCAGAUAUGAAUAAGGAAUUUGAAUAAAGUAAACAUGAAUAAUAAGAAGAAGAAUAUAUUGAUGAAUAAGAUGAAUUAGAUUAUUAAUUAACAGAAAGAAGUAGAGUCAAAAAUUAAGAAGAUGGAUCAAAAGCUAAGUAAUAGCUUAAAAAAAUUAUAUAAGUUAAUGAAAAAAAUGAAUCAUAAUAUUUAUAAUCAGAAGAUGAAAAAUAAUUUAAUUAACUUGAAGAAAAUUUUGAAAGAAAUUUUUCUGAACAAGCAAUAAAUUCAGAACGAACAAAAAAUUCAUCAAGUUUUAAUUAAUUUGCAGAAAAUUAAACUCCGACUCUUAAAUCAAACUUAAAUAAUAAUUAUGAUUAAAGUAUUUCAAUAAAAAAAGGAAGAUAACCUAGUUUAUAAAAUCUUUAAAAGUCAAAAUAAUCGAUAAUUGUAAACAAGUAAAAAAAGUCUUCUUAAUAAAUUGAAUUUAAUAGAGAAUUUAAUAAUUAAAAAUCUAUUGAAUAAUAAUAAAUUCAACAAAAUCAAAUUCAAUAAAUUUAACAAAAUCAAAAUUAAUAAAUUUAAUAAAAUCAAAAUUAAUAAAUUUAAAAAAAUCAAAAUUAUUAAAUUUAAUAAAUUUAAUAAAAUUAACAAAUUUAACAAAAUUAAAACUAAUAAAUUACAAAAUAAAUAAAUAAAAUAACUAAAUAGACUUCUUAAUCAUAAUUAUUGGAUGUAUCUUAAUAGAAUUAAUUAUAAUAGAACUAACAAUAAUCAGUUUAAUAAAGAAAGUAACAACUAGUAUUAGAUAAUGAACUUUUUUUAAAUUUAAAAAGCAAAAAGUCAUCAAAAACUUAAAAACAUUCCAUUUUGGAACCUAAAUAAAAUAUUCACACUAGAUCUGCUUAAGAAAUUGAUGAAAUUAAUAAUUCAAGCAAUUAAUAUUCAUAUUAAAGAGCUUCUUAAUAAUAUGAUAUAAAAUAGAAAGGAUAGAAGUAAACUUUGUUUGACAAAAAUAUUAAUAAAACUUAAAAUGAUGAAUCAUAAUCUGAUGAUUUUGAAAUUGAAUCUUCUCCUAUAAUAUUUAAUAAUCUUUAAGGUGAAAGGGUUAAAUAAGUAAUAAUGUAAUAUAAGGAUCAAAAACAUAAAAUCAGGAGUAGAUAUAAUCCUAUAUAGCUUGAGUAAAGAAAUUAAAAAAGAUUCAGAAGAGUUUAUAGUUAGAAUACAGAUGUAGCUAAUGGGUUAUUAUCUGAUGUUAAAAUGAAGAAGAAACCCAAUAAGAAAAUAUAAUUUUCAAUCUUAUAAUUACAAAAAUUAGUUACUCAGAUUCUAAGUGAUAUUUGUAAAUAAGCUGAAGGUUAUAAAAUACCAUUUCAUGUGAGUAUUUAUGAUUAUUAUAAAAAUAAAUAUGGAUUUAAAUAAGUAGCUGAAAAAAAGAUUCGUUAAGUUUAUUAAUUUAUUUAUUAUGAAAAAGAAGAUCAUAUAAAAGCUAAAUUACUUGCAUAAUUUUGUUACAUGAUAGGAGAAAUGGAUGAAAUAGGAUAAAAACUAUUAACCGAAAGUUAUUAAUAUUUUUCAUCUAAAAAUGAUUUGAAUUAUGGUAAGGUUGAUUUAAUGUUAACAUAUGAAUAUGUUAAUGAAUUUCUUUUAGAAAAAUCAUCAAGAUGGUUACAUCAAUAAUAAAUAUAAUCUUUAUUAUUGUAAUAUAGAAAUUAACAAUAAAGCAAUCAAAGAUAUUAUAUUAAUCAUGAUAGUUUACUUAUUAAAAUAUUAGAAUUAUACUCGAAUAAUAAAAAAGAUCAACAGACUAUUUUAGAAUCUUUGUUUAAAGCAGCAGAUUUAGAUGGAAAUAAAUUAAUUGAAUUCUCAGAAGUACUUUUCUGCUUUAUGAUUUUAGUUUAAAACUCUCUAUAGAGCCAUUCAUUAAGAUAAAUUAUCUAAAUCUUAAUUACUUUAAAUUUUUACUAAUAAUGCUGAUUUACAAGAUGAAAAUGGUGACAAAAUGUUAACUCUACCAAGAUUUACAGAAAUGUCAAUAGAAUUAGGAAUAUUUUAAAAAGAUCUUGUAUUAAAAUAUGGAGAAGGUAGUGAGGCAUUGAAGAAUUAUUGGGAAAGAGAUAAAACAGUGAUAAAAUAUAGGUAAAUGUAUGAUUUAAACAAUUAGAUUCUUGAGAUCUAAGAAAUACUAAAAGGUUAGACACACAUUUUAAGAACUUGAAAAUUAAAUAAAAUCAUAGGAAAAAGAUAAAUAAAUUAUUUUAUGGGUAAGUUAUAAACUUUUGAAUGAAGAAUCUUAAAGAGUAUUACUAAAGUAUUCAUAUUAAUAAAUAUAUUUAUAGUUAUGAAACUAAAUAAUGUAUGCUGCAAUUAUUGCCUGAACUUUAUAUCAUAGAAUAACACAAUAAAGAUAUUGAAUAGUUAGAGUGA